AAAGAAUUGUCUGCUACAUGCUGUAGAAAAAAGUGCAUGCCUGUUGCUUCACGGUGAUUGGUAUAUUGUCGGUGGAUUGCUAAAAGAACUCAUUGAAGAUGAAGCCAAUACGUAUCUUGUGUCAAAUAUUCAUUGGAUAUAUCAUAGGUGUCACUUCAGUAUAUGCCUGUGAGAGAAUACCCUUUGAAGAUUGCCGGAAAAUUCUUCCCUACAAUACGACUACUUACCCAAACUACAAGGGACACACAUCUGCAGCUGAUUCUGUCUUGCUCCACACCGGCGCUUUUGGCAUUUACCAUGUCAUGGGAUGUCACAAACUGUUGGUUUUCUUUGUAUGCACAUUUGUGGCGCCCAAAUGUAAUGCAACCUCUGGGAUGAAGAUACCGCCAUGUCGAGAACUAUGUUACUCAGUCCGUGGACCUUGUAUGGGCCAGCCCGAUGUGGAAUGCUCCCAGUUUCCCUUAGCGACAGAAAACCCAAAUUGCAUCAGUGCCAAGAUGGCGGAGCUACCAAUGACUCCUACUCCCAUUGUCACUACCAUCCCCAUUGUCACUACCACCGUCACAGCACCAUGGACUAAGAAGACUACAUCAGGACCAGUCCAGGACCAAACAACUCCUGGUCCAACAGAGGUCUCAAAGUCUAGUGCGACAACCGUGACAAAUCAUCCUAAAAUGAUAUCACCGUCAUCAGAGACUUCAGAAAACACUGUGACUUAUAGGACUGAAGGCGUGGAACCGAACAUUAAUGAAGAAACAAUCCCUAAAGAGAAAUCUUACGAGUCAUCGGCUGGCAUCAUCCUGGGAGUUAGCGUUGGAACUUUGAUUACCAUGGUGACGCUAGUAUCCAUGUGUGUCUGCUGCAGAUUCUACACUCAGCGCAAGUCCCCCCAUGCUAGGGGUGGGCCGGCUCCAGAAACCUAUGGUGGCUUCUAUGCAAACCCUGCAUUUGAAAAUACCAAUACCAAUGACUUCUUCACACAACCAGCUGCUAAUGGUCAAAAUCAGGGAGGUGCUGUAGUGAUUUCAAGCCAGACGAACACUCAGAUAGCUGCUGAGCUGGCUAUCACCCAACUACCCCCUCACCCGGCCUCUCGACCCCUUCACACCCUCCCUGUAUGUGCACCAGGGCCUCACACCAAUGGGACCUCCAGUCUAGACCAGACACCAGGUCCCAACAAGACAAGCGUAGAGCCCCACAGCAAUCAUCUAAACCCCUAUCACCAGCCCACCCAGAGGCGCAACACGCUUCCUGCAAACUCAUCCCCUGUAAGCUCUUGCAGUAGUAGUCACGCGAAGAUACCAGAUACGGCCAAGGAUGUACCGCUUUCUCUGAAAGCAGGGACCCUUCCCCCUGAGAAGGUGAUAGCCAAUACCGGUUCUAGCCCUUACAUGUACCAGGAGGGGGGUGUGCCCCAUUACUGCACCCUCAAUCGGAAAUUGGCCAACAGCAAGAAGUCACCCAAGCGAUUCAGCAGUUCGGGUUUCCCGUGGAGUCGCAACUCAAGUAAAAGCGGAAGGGAUGAUGCCUCCAACUCAUCAUCAUCACCCAAAGGCACACCGACCAUGUUCCAGGAUCCUGCACAGGAUCUUGUCUUCGCCAAUCCUGCAGCCAAAGAUGAGGACUGCAAGAAGAAUGGUGUCAUGACGGAGAUCAACCUGAACGAUGCCGACGCUCAGUCAACGAUCAUUCAAACCAAACAGGAGGGAGAUAAUAGACAUGGAGAUUACGGGAUUGACCUCAACAAGGAGAAGAUGGUUGAAAACUCUAGUCCAGUCAUUGCAAAUAUGUCAGACAACAAAUGAUAAAUUCUAAUCAAGUGUUAGCAUAUCUCUCAUUGAAGUGAGAAUCGUAAAACUCAGACAAAUAUUUUGAAGGACCAACCAACCAAGUACCCAGUAAAAGUGUUGUGAUAGAAGGAAUUCAUUGUCCAGGCAGUCUCCUGUGUAAAAUGAAACAAGGCGGGGAUAUGAUGUCUUUAGCAGUCUUUCCAUAUGCUCACAAACCUUUGGAGACCAUGAUCAAAUCUGUAUCUUUACUCUAAAUUCAUAUGACAAAGAUGAUACAAAUUUGAUUGGUAUGAAUAGGAUUAUUACCCUCAUUGUUCAGUUUUCACAUCCCAUACUUAUAAUAUCCAUCGAAGGUCAUAUACUGUAUAUAUUGAAAUGUAUGUAGCUAGAAUACUUGCAAUAUGAAUUGAAGAUGACACAACUCUCUACAUAUGUUAUUUAUUAGUUUAGUUUGUAUCAACAAUUUUGAACUUUUUUUCUUCCAAACCUUGCUGGCAGGGAAAAACAUAAUUAAAACUGUUUUGUGAACACUUUGUGGGGGAUGGGGAUAUAUUGUGACUUGAUAUCAUUCAAAAUAAAAUUGGGAGAAGGAAAAACUCAUGUGCAUACUUGAGGUAUGUUUAUUGGGUUAUAUGGGGGGGGGGGGGCACAGG